AUGAACCCAGCAUCUCAGUUCAUGGAGGACAUGCAAAGGCGGUCCAACUUUACUCAGCCAGAACUUGAGCGGCUGAAGAAGCGAUUUAUGAAACUGGAUAGUGAUGGAUCAGGAUCAAUUGACCGCGAAGAGUUCCUUCAGAUACCGCAGAUUGCAACGAAUCCACUUGCCUCGCGAAUGAUAGCAAUAUUUGACGAAGAUGGUGGAGGAACGGUCGAUUUCCAGGAGUUUGUUGGCGGCUUGAGCGCAUUUAGCAGUCGAGGUGGUCGCGAAGAAAAGCUGCGAUUUGCAUUCAAGGUCUAUGACAUGGAUCGAGACGGGUUCAUAUCAAACGGCGAACUGUUUUUGGUAUUGAAGAUGAUGGUUGGGAACAAUUUGAAGGAUCAACAACUACAGCAGAUCGUUGACAAAACAAUAAUGGAAGCUGAUAAGGAUGGUGAUGGGAAACUGAGUUUUGAAGAAUUCGCGACAAUGGUGUCAAACACUGACAUCGUGAAACAAAUGACGCUUGAAGAUCUAUUCUGA